AUGCCCAACGCCUCUUCCUGGAGUGCUAGCUCGCCGCUGCUGCUGCUCUGGGAGGACUCUUCCGGGACCCGCAUCUUCCUGUCGCUGCUCUAUGCGGUCCUUGCUAUCUCAGGGACCUUAUCCAAUGUGAUGGUCAUCUACCUAGUUUUCUCCUUCAAGAAGCUGCAGACAACCAGUAACGCCUUCAUCGUCAACGGCUGCGCGGCCGACCUCAGCGUGUGUGCCCUGUGGAUGCCCCAGGAGGCAGUGCUGGGGCUGCUGCCCCCCAACUCCUCUUCCCUUCGCUCGGCCGAGUACCGCCUGCUCCGAGGGGGGCUCCUCGGCCUCGGCCUCACCGUCUCGCUGGCCUCUCACCUGCUGGUGGCCUUCAACAGGUACGUGCUCAUCACCAAGCUGCCCAGCGUUUACCAGGCCCUCUACCAGCGGAGGCACACGGGCUGCAUGAUCGGGCUCUCCUGGGCCCUCGCCCUGCUCCUGCUCCCGCUGCUGCCCGGGCUCUGGACGCCGGGCUCGGCCCAGCAGCCGCCCCCGCGGCAGCCAGACGGCGGCUCCCGCUACACCGCGCUGCUCCUCGCCCUGGCCGUGCUGGGCCAGACGGCGCUGCUGCUCCACUGCUACCUCGGCAUCGUGCGGCGGGUGCGGGGCAGCGCCAAGCGGGUCAGCGUCCUCAACUUCCACCUCCUGCACCAGCUGCCCUUCCCCGCCGCCCCGCCGCCGCCCCGCCGCGCCCAGCGCCGCCUCAGCAGCGUCUCGGUGCUGCUGCUCUGCUGCGUCUUCCUGCUGGGCACCCAGCCCCUCGUCUGGGUCAGCCUGCUGGCCUUCUUCCUGCGCCCGGCGCCGGCGGCGCUGCAAGCCGCCAGUUGGCUGCUGCUCUGCUCGCUCUCGGCCCUCAACCCGCUGCUCUACACGUGGCGCAGCGAGGAGUUCCGACGGGCGGCGCGCUCCGUCCUGCCGCGCGCCGAGGGCUCCGCCGCCGCCGCCCCGCGACACCACGCCGCCGCCACCGGCCCCGCCGCCGCCGCUCCGCCCUGCCCGCAGCUGCCGCGGCGCCGGGGCACGGUGUGCAGCACCGCCGCCGCGCCGCGCUGA